CAGCAUCCCUGGCACAGCUGUGCCGCCAUUUUCACCACGGAUGAACGGAUUCAUCCUCCUUCCCUCCUCCUCCUCCUUUUCCUCCUGUCUCCCACUCUUCUCGCUGUGACGCACCGUGUUCAGCUCCCGAUCGGCCCACCCGGCGCUGAUGCUGAAGCUGAAGCCGGAGCUGAAGCUGCUGCUGAGGCUGAGGCCGACUCCCUCUCUCCCCUCUCCCCGGCGGAUUCUCCAUGUAAGGAUGAGCAGAGGGAAGUGAUGCUGCAGGUUCACCAAAGAUAGAGAUACACAGACGGCUCGGGAUCUGACGGAGAUGAUCUUUUAUUUAUUUACUUACUGAAUGGACCGGGGCUGAUCGUGUGUGUGUUUGAUCGAGUCUGGAUUGCUGAGGAGCCGGGUGUGUGUCUGUAGUCUCACAGAUCUCCAGCAGUCUCAUUCCCUUUCACACACACCUGAAACAUGGCGGGAGCUUCGGUGAAGGUGGCAGUAAGGGUUCGACCCUUCAACUCCAGAGAGAUCGGGAAGGAGAGCAAAUGCAUCAUCCAGAUGUCUGGUAACACCACGACGAUCCUGAAUCCAAAACUGCCAAAAGAAAACAAAAGCUUCAACUUUGACUAUUCCUACUGGUCACACACAACGCCUGAGGACAUCAACUAUGCAUCCCAGAUGCAGGUGUACAAGGACAUUGGAGAAGAGAUGCUCCUUCAUGCCUUCGAGGGCUACAACGUUUGCAUAUUUGCAUACGGCCAGACGGGAGCGGGCAAAAGCUACACCAUGAUGGGCCGACAGGAACAAGACCAGCAGGGGAUCAUUCCGCUGUUGUGUGAAGACCUUUUCACCAAGAUUAAUGGGAGCAACAACGACAACAACAUGUCCUACUCUGUGGAGGUGAGUUACAUGGAGAUCUACUGUGAGCGUGUGCGUGACCUGCUGAACCCCAAAAACAAGGGGAACCUGCGUGUCAGAGAGCACCCACUGCUGGGACCCUAUGUAGAGGAUCUGUCCAAACUGGCUGUCACCUCCUACAACGACAUUCAGGACCUGAUGGACUCCGGAAACAAAGCCAGGACUGUGGCUGCCACCAACAUGAAUGAGACCAGCAGUCGUUCUCAUGCUGUCUUCAACAUCAUCUUCACACAGAAGAAACACGAAAUGGAGACAGACAACACGUCCGAAAAGGUCAGCAAGAUAAGUCUGGUUGAUUUGGCCGGCAGCGAACGAGCCGACUCCACUGGAGCAAAAGGGACAAGGCUGAAGGAAGGAGCGAACAUCAACAAAUCUCUCACCACACUGGGGAAAGUUAUUUCUGCUUUAGCUGAACUGGACUCUGCACCUAACAAGAACAAGAAGAAGAAGAAAGUGGAGAGUUUUAUUCCCUACAGAGAUUCUGUCCUGACUUGGCUUCUGCGUGAGAACCUAGGAGGAAAUUCUCGCACAGCCAUGGUGGCGGCUCUCAGCCCCGCAGAUAUUAACUACGAUGAAACCCUCAGCACUCUCCGCUACGCCGAUCGAGCCAAACAGAUCCGCUGCAACGCCGUGAUCAACGAGGACCCCAACAACCGCCUCGUCCGAGAGCUAAAGGAAGAGGUGGCUCGCCUCAAAGACCUACUGUACGCUCAGGGACUCGGAGACAUCAUAGAGACUUAUCGCUGCACUGGUCCGCUCAUCACUGGUUUGAAAUACCUGUGCGAUUACAAGAACUUUGAGAAUAAUCGCCAGGCUGUCAAUCAAAGGGGUGAUCUCUCCACAGUGACAAACGCCAUGACAGGUAUGAGUCCCUCGCCAUCGCUCUCUGCCCUGUCCAGCCGCGCCGCCUCCAUCAGCAAUCUGCACGACCGCAUCUUCAGUCCGGCCAGCGAGGAGGCAAUCGAACGGCUCAAGGAAACAGAGAAAAUCAUUGCUGAGCUGAAUGAGACGUGGGAGGAGAAGCUACGUCGUACAGAGGCCAUCCGCAUGGAGAGAGAGGCUCUGCUGGCAGAGAUGGGUGUAGCCAUGAGGGAAGAUGGAGGCACCGUUGGUGUGUUUUCCCCUAAAAAGACUCCUCACCUGGUGAACCUCAAUGAAGACCCGCUGAUGUCUGAGUGCCUGCUGUACUACAUCAAAGAUGGCACCACCAAAGUUGGACGUGAAAAUGCCAGGACUCGUCAGGACAUCGUUCUCAGCGGACACUUCAUUAAAGAUGAGCACUGCACCUUCAGCAGCACUACCGGCCCUCAGGGAGAAGGUUGCGUCAUCCUUGAGCCAUGUGAAGGAGCGGAGACGUACGUCAACGGGAAGAGAGUCACCUCACCGAUAGUUCUGCGAUCAGGAAAUCGCAUCAUCAUGGGGAAGAGCCAUGUGUUCCGGUUCAACGAUCCAGAGCAGGCUCGUAUGGAGCGAGAGAGGACGCCGUGUGCGGAGACUCCGAUGGAGCCCGUGGACUGGGCCUUCGCUCAGAGAGAGCUCCUCGAGAAGCAAGGCAUCGAUAUGAAGCAGGAGAUGGAGCAGAGGCUUCAGGAGCUUGAAGAUCAAUAUCGUAAAGAAAGAGAAGAAGCCAGUAACCUGCUGGAGCAGCAGAGACUGGAUUAUGAGAGCAAACUGGAAGCCCUUCAGAGACAAGUGGACUCUCGAUACCUGGACUCCCCAGAGGAAGAGGAAGAGCCCGAGGAAGAUGUACCGUGGACAGAGCGUGAGACCGAACUGGCUCUGUGGGCUUUCAGAAAGUGGCGUUUUUAUCAGUUCACCUCUCUCAGGGAUCUUCUCUGGGGCAACGCCAUCUUCCUCAAAGAGGCAAAUGCUAUUAGUGUGGAGCUGAAGAAAAAGGUGCAGUUCCAGUUUGUCCUGCUGACGGACACCCUUUACUCUCCACUUCCUCCUGACCUGCUGCCAUCCUGUGUGGCUAAGGAAAGGGAGACACGACCUUUCCCCCAAACCAUAGUAGCUGUGGAGGUACAGGAUCAGAAGAAUGGAGCCACACAUUUCUGGACUCUAGAGAAACUCAGGCAGAGGCUGGAUCUUAUGAGAGAGAUGUAUGACCGAGCUGCAGAGCUGCCCAGCAGCGCCGUGGAGGACUUCGACCACUCCCUGACCGGCGGAGACCCCUUUUACGACCGUUUCCCUUGGUUCCGUCUUGUUGGACGAGCUUUUGUCUACCUGAGUAACCUGCUGUACCCGGUGCCUCUGGUGCACCGAGUGGCCAUUGUCAGCGAGAAGGGAGAGGUCAAAGGUUUCCUCAGAGUGGCUGUGCAGGCCAUCUCAGCUGACGAGGAGGCCCCUGAUUACGGCUCUGGAGUGAGGCAGUCAGGGACUGCCAAGAUUUCCUUUGAAGACAACCAGUUUGAGAAGUUACAGUCAGAGUCGUGUCAUGACGGUCUGUCACACUCCAACACGUCCCAGGAGGAGCUGAGGAUAGUAGAGGGAGAAGGACAGAACGUUGAGAUGGGAAUAUCCGUGGAUGAGGUUAACAAUAACACCUGCGAAGCCACCGUAGAUGCCCCUCACAGCCCAUUAAAGAGCCUAGGUUUGGGUCUGGACCUUCCUCUGGAGCUAUCUCCAGAAAAGUCUCUGUCCCACCUGAAGGUCGGCAGCACUUUCACAUUCAGAGUCACCGUCCUGCAGGCCUCCAGCAUCUCAGCAGAAUAUGCCGACAUCUUCUGCCAAUUUAACUUCAUCCACCGUCACGAUGAGGCUUUUUCCACCGAGCCACUGAAGAACACCGGCAGAGGACCUCCACUGGGCUUUUAUCACGUUCAAAAUAUCACAGUGGAGGUGACCAAGUCCUUCUUGGAGUACAUCAAAACUCAGCCUAUCGUCUUUGAAGUGUUUGGACACUAUCAGAAACAGCCCUUCCCUCCACUAUGCAAAGAUUUAAUCAGUCCGCUGAGACCCUCAAGGAGACAGUUUCCCCGAAUCAUGCCUCUUUCAAAACCAGUGCCGGCCACCAAGCUCAGCACGCUGACCCGAUCUACUGCAGGACCGUGUCACGUAAAAUAUGACCUCAUGGUCUUUUUUGAGAUCUGUGAGCUCGAAGCUAACGGAGACUACAUCCCUGCUGUGGUUGAUCACAGAGGUGGGAUGCCCUGCCACGGGACCUUCCUCUUACAUCAGGGUAUUCAAAGAAGGAUCAGAGUGACCAUCGCUCAUGAAGCAGGAAAUGAUAUAGAGUGGAAGGAGGUGAAAGAGCUGGUUAUUGGUCGUAUCCGAAACACUCCAGAGGCUGAUGAGACCAUCAUAGACCCAAACAUCCUCUCCCUCAACAUCCUGUCCUCUGGGUACAUCUGGCCUAAACACGAUGACAACGUGUCAUUGGGAGUUGAUCAUAGAACCUUCUACCGAUUCGAAGCAGCGUGGGACAGCUCCAUGCACAACUCCUUGCUUCUGAACAGAGUCACUCCAUACGCAGAGAAGAUCUACAUCACGCUCUCGACUUAUCUGGAGAUGGAAAACUGCACUCAGCCAACCGUGAUCACCAAAGAUUUCUGCAUGGUGUUCUACUCUCGUGACACGAAGCUUCCAGCUUCUCGCUCCAUCAGAAACUUCUUCAGCACCGGCUGCCUCAGGCCAUCAGAGAGUAACCGUGUCACUGGCGUUUAUGAAAUCACUCUCUGCCAUGUUGCAGAUAAUGGAAGUCCAGGCAUGCAGCGCCGUCGCAGGCGUGUGCUCGACACCUCCGUGGCGUACGUUAGAGGAGAGGAGAACCUGGCGGGAUGGAGACCUCGCAGCGACAGCCUCAUUCUCGACCACCAGUGGGAGCUGGAGAAGCUCAGCUUACUGCAGGAGGUGGAGAAGACCAGGCACUACCUGCUGCUGAGGGAAAAGCUAGAAGCCACUCUGCAGGCAGGACAGGACGCGCUCUACAAGAGCAGCGACAUCUGCGACUUUGCAAAGAGUCCCGUCCUGAGCCACAGUCCUGUCGGCAGCCCCGUCCCCGACAGUCCCAACCAGAGACAGAUGGAGUUGGCUGCAAAGUGUCUGCGUCUGCUGAUGCACACCUUCAACAGAGAGUACAGCCAGGUGAGCAGCAGUGCCAGUGAAAGCAAGCUCUCUGAAAUGUCGGUAUCACUCCUGAGUGAAUCCUCCUCCUCUGGACUGAACACACUCACUCCCUCCUCCACCUGCCCCUCGUUGAUCGAAGGAAAUUAUGACAUUAGACUCACUGAUCCGAGUUCUGGAGCGUCCACUCCAGACUUGGACCCGUACAGCCCAGUGGACAGGAAGAAACCUCUCAGAGGUUACACCUUUGUGCCUGACAUACAGGAGAUCCGUGUCAGCCCCAUCGUUUCUAAGAAGGGCUACUUGCACUUCCUGGAGCCCCACACUAGCGGCUGGAUGAGGCGUUACGUGGUGGUCCGCAGGCCCUACGUUUACCUGUACCGUAGCGAAAGGGACAGCGUGGAGCGAGCUGUCAUCAACCUGUCAUCUGCUAUAGUGGAAUACAGCGAAGACAAACAGACGCUACUGCGGACUCCCAACACGUUUUCUGUGUGUACCGAGCAUCGGGGAAUAUUGCUGCAGGCAACCAAUGACAAGGAGAUGCAUGACUGGCUGUACGCUUUCAACCCUCUGUUAGCCGGCACAAUAAGGUCAAAGCUCUCCAGGAGAAAGUCAAUCCAGUCGGUCCCAUCCGCUCUGAGGAUGUGAGAGGGGAUCCUGCCUUGUGGAAAAACAACAAAGAAAACAAUCUCAGCUUAGUCUCUUCCUCUGAUAAUAAUAAGCCACAUAGCGAACGAAUCCUCCGCUACGACGACCCCUCGUCUCAAAAAUAACUCGAUAACUCUUUUCAAGAUUCACCUUUUGUCCGUUUUAGCAGUCUCUUCCUACAAAACCUUGCAUGGUGUGAUCCCUUUUGACUUUUAGAUGAAUUCAUAAGCACUAACAACAGAAAACUGUUAAAUAACCUCCUUCUGCUGGAAGUUGGGACUUGUUCUGAUUAGUUUUAAUCUACUUGUAGGGAUGUGUUAUCUGUAAAGAGGUAGUUUAAGACUAGUCCCCGUCUUAUCCAUUGUUACAAAAAUUCCCGGUAGAAAUUUUAACCACGUGUUGGAUCAGAAGUGCAAAGGAAAAACACAAAACCGGACCUUUUCUAUGUGUCAGGAAGGACAAUAGAUCCAUAUUUAACCACCAUCCAUACACUGUAAAAUACCUCAGUUUUGAUGCUCUGCAGCACAAAGUGUUUCAGAUUACAAAGAGAGAAGUCACUGUUGUGGAUCGAAUUAGCUUGAAAAGUAGCAUGAGAAGGGAUCAAAAAGACGUUAUUCUCAUUUCGUUUAAAUGGUUUCAUGAAAACUGGAUUCAUUGGCUCAAAUAAGGCAAAGAUAGCUAACUGUAAGGAGAGACGGCUUUUGUCCUUGCCUUGCUUCUGAUGUGCUUUUACUGACAUUCCUGUUAAAAAUACAAACUUAAGUAGGAAUGAAUUCAUGUCAUUAGUAAUAAUUUGCACUUUUAGCCUGUUUAUUGUAACAAGACCGCUGUUGCAUGGCACUUUAAUGUUUCCUUUUUUUUUGUUUUUUUUUAAAUAAAUUUGCGUAACUUUUUCAUUAUUUAUUUUAACCAAAGGACUCUUUUAUCGUAUUACUUUGUACAUUUGUGUUUGUAGACGAUUCUCUUUUUUUAAUAUAAGUUUUGAUUUGAGAAGUUCACCUUUUCUCUUUAGUAAGAGAGAAAGACUGGUCUGGUUGUGCGAUGCGUAAGAAUCGGAAGCCAGAAGAAGAUUUCCACAUUGAAGCACAAAGAAGAGAAACAAACAGUAAAUUUAAGUAAAACAAACCUUUGAUCACGAAAACGUGGAAACAAACCUCAGAUUCAGAAGGAGCAAUGUGGAAUGUGGCAUCUAAACGUGGAAAACGUGUGCCUCGUUUGUUUUAUGUGUAGUCCCACACAGGUUGGUGGGCUGCAUGGUGGCGCAGUGGUUAGCACUGUUGCCUCGCAGCACGAAGGUUGCAGGUUCGAAACUCAGCUGCAGCCUUUCUGCGUGGAGUUGCGUGUUCUCCCCAUGCAUGCGUGGGUUUCCUCCGGGUACUCCGCUUUCCCCCACAGAUCACAACAUGCCCUAUAGGUUAUAAAUUGUAAGUUGUUUUGGAUAAAAGCGUCUGCUAAAUGAAUAAACAUAAACAUAAAAUUUCCUUAGUAGUAUCUCAGUUUUGUAUUUUUGCUAAGCUGAUUAGAUCAUUGUACCAAUAAACUGACGAAAAAUGUAAAAAAUCAGGGGGACGCUGGCUUUAUGAAUAACCUCUACCGUAUGUUCUCUGUUAACAAGAUGAGUUAAUGAAAAUCUUUCAGUAGACCUAAAACCAGUCCUGGACCAGCAGAGUUACAUCACAGAAUGGGAUCACAUUUCUACUGAACCUGGACCUGGGGUUGGUUGGUGUAAGUCCACUAACCAGAUAGUGCCUCCCUUUGAUUCACCUUGUUUUUGUUCCUCCUCCUUUAGAAUCGUCUGUGGUCAAGCUUUCAUGUAGAGGAAAAUCAUAUAGGUAUAUUAAAAACACGUCAUGUUUUCCUUUAGAUAAGGCUUUAAAGAGUGCAUAUUGUCUGUUGCGGUACAGCAGUGUAUAUGUGAUUAUUAGCUGUCAGUGCUGCCUUUAUAAACAAUCUCCCUCUUAGCUUUUGUUUCAAAGCUGCUUGAUUUUUACCAGAUUCCUGCAGCAGAACCCGUGGACUGUAGGAUCAACUAAGUGUGGUUGUACAUUUUAGAUUAUUUUAGCUUUUAUUUGUCUGAAUUUUACCAAGAAAGUAAAGGCCUGGUCAACCAGCCAGUCGGCCUUUACGGCUCACCUGCCGUUUUCUAAAUUUUCGGAUCAGUUUCACGUGAAACCUGAUGAGAAAAUAAACCAAAUCAAAGCUUCCAGGACUCUGAUUGCCACAGGCCAGCCAACCUGUUGAGCAAUGUAGCCUCUGGAAGCAAAUAUGUUACGUUUCUCUGGUCAUGUUUAUUACAAAUGUUUUUUUUUCUUUGAGACGUACACUGGGAGAAAAGCUUGAUAGAAAGUGUUAUUGGUUAAUUUUUGAGGAACGCAUUUUGUUCAUGCACUCAUGCACUUAACUUUUUAUUUUAAGUGAACCUGUUUUAGUCAUUUUUUAAAACUAUUUAUUAAAAAAAAAUAUUUUCUUUUUACGUGGAUGGUUUAAUGUUUUACUUCUGAAGUCAAAAGCAGCGCCACUGCGUCCAGUCUGACUAGUUCAACAGCUGCUUGUGGAAAAUUCUGGGAAUGGUUAAAAACACUGUGCUGGCUGGGACAUGCCGAACGGUGAAUACGUUGAUAAUUUAAUAUUUGGCUUGCUUUAACUGUCAUAGCUGUGGAUCAAAGCAUGCAGGUCCACCUCUGUUCUGCUGAACCCUGUCUUUCUCUCCUGCCUUACAGCUUGCUAAUGACAACAGCUUUCCACUCCUCAAGUGCUGCUUGUAAAGUAUUGUCAUCCAUGAUCCUUUUAACGAUUACCCGGAAACCUUCCUCUUGGCUCCGUCUUGUAUAUAAAUGAACUUUUCAGUGUCCGGUCUCAUCACACAGAUGAUGAAACUUCCUCUGUGUUCCGAGAUGAAUAUCUGACCCAGCUGCUUUGUCAAGCAUCACCCCAGACUAAAGACCACCGAUGAGGGUUCAGUUUUCCACCCAUCGUGGACGAGAUGUCUGUGUUCAGAUCUGGGGAAAGACCCAAGGUGGGCGGUUUUGCUCGGGAGUUGCUUGAAAAAAGCAGAUGCGGGUCCCUGUCCUAAUCUCAGUACUCACGUUUAUCUUUUAAGUGUUCUGGAGUUCUUUCUCAUGUCUGUGGACAAAUAAAAAGAGCGGUCAAAAAACAAAACAAACGAAAAAAGGAAAUAAAUGAGUGUUGAAACUUGAA